ACAGGAAAGAAAAUACACUCAGCAUUUGCCUGUGAUGAUUUUUUAUUGCUCUGCAAUACUCUCUAAUGCCUUCCAGCUGCAUUGAGGACAAUUUGUUCAUUUCUCUCAGUAAUCAAAAUGUGUUUUGACUAGUAAGUCCCUAUUUAGUUUUUCUGUAAUCGUUUUUCUUAAUGGGAGUAUUUUCCAGAUGUUGUGUUAGUCUAGUCAUCCGGGCCCUCUUCCAAGCCCUGUGGAAAGUUUGCUGUCAUGAGCUGUCAUUGGUGGUGUGUUUAACAAGCUGCCUAAUUACCUGACCCCAGCACAGCUCCAAAGCAAUAUAUAAGGACUCUGGAACAGCCCUGGGAGCAGACACACUCUCUGCUAGGAAUGAUGUCGUACCUGAAAGUUAUGAUCAUAUGGAACAUACUAUGCUUAUCCCUGGUGGUCCUUUCACUGUCCUUGAUUCCAGAAGUGUCUUCUCAAGAUGUAUCGAGCUGUACAGGGAGAUGUGGGGCAGGGUAUUCUAGAGAGCAUGACUGCCAGUGUGAUUUUAACUGUCACCACUACAUGGAGUGCUGCCCUGACUUCAGGAAAGUCUGCACAGUGGCCGCCUCCUGCGCGGGACGCUGCUUCGAAGCCUUCGAGAGGGGAAGGGAGUGUGACUGCGACGCUGACUGCGAGCGGUACGGAAAAUGCUGCCCAGACUACGCCAAGCACUGUAAAGAGGCACCCACAGAAAAGCCAACCCCGGAGACUCCUCCAGAAAACAAAUCAACAUCUAAAAGGUCCUCCACAGAUGAGGAAGAGUCACCAGAGGAAGCUGUGGAAGAUCCUGAAAUCCAAGUGACCACUCCUGCUCCAACCACAGAACCUGCGGAGACAACCCCGGACGCCACAGAAGAACCAGCGACUGAAGCUGAGCCUCCCACUCCGGACACAGCAGAAGAUGUGACCCCUGACGCCACAGAGGAGCCACCAACUGAAAUGGACCCAACCGACCUGCCCCCAACACAAGACCCAACCCCUGACGCCACUGAGGCUGCAGCGACCGACACCGAGCCUCCCACCAGCCACACGCCCGAAGAGACAACCCCCGAGGAAACAACACCCACACCAGAGGAGACAACGCCAGAGGAGCCAACAACACCCACACCAGAGGAGACAACCCCAGAGGAGCCGACAACACCAACACCAGAGGAGACAACCCCAGAGGAGCCAACAACACCAACACCAGAGGAGACAACCCCAGAGGAGCCAACAACACCAACACCAGAGGAGACGACCCCAGAGGAGCCAACAACACCCACACCAGAGGAGACAACCCCCCCAGAGGAACCAACAACACCAACACCAGAGGAGACAACGCCAGAGGAGCCAACAACACCAACACCAGAGGAGACAACGCCAGAGGAGCCAACAACACCCACACCAGAGGAGACAACCCCAGAGGAGCCAACAACACCAACACCAGAGGAGACAACGCCAGAGGAGCCAACAACACCCACACCAGAGGAGACAACCCCAGAGGAGCCAACAACACCCACACCAGAGGAGACAACCCCAGAGGAGCCAACAACACCCACACCAGAGGAGACAACCCCAGAGGAGCCAACAACACCAACACCAGAGGAGACAACCCCCCCAGAGGAGCCAACAACACCCACACCAGAGGAGACAACCCCAGAGGAGCCAACAACACCAACACCAGAGGAGACAACGCCAGAGGAGCCAACAACACCCACACCAGAGGAGACAACCCCAGAGGAGCCAACAACACCAACACCAGAGGAGACAACCCCAGAGGAGCCAACAACACCCCCACCAGAGGAGACAACCCCAGAGGAGCCAACAACACCCCCACCAGAGGAGACAACCCCAGAGGAGCCAACAACACCCCCACCAGAGGAGACAACCCCAGAGGAGCCAACAACACCAACACCAGAGGAAACAACCCCCCCAGAGGAACCGACAACACCAACACCAGAGGAGACGACCCCCCCAGAGGAGCCAACAACACCCACACCAGAGGAGACAACCCCAGAGGAGCCAACAACACCCACACCAGAGGAGACAACCCCAGAAGAGCCGACAACACCAACACCAGAGGAGACAACCCCAGAGGAGCCAACAACACCAACACUAGAGGAGACAAUGCCAGAGGAGCCGACAACACCCACACCAGAGGAGACAACCCCAGAGGAGCCGACAACACCAACACCAGAGGAGACAACGCCAGAGGAGCCGACAACACCCACACCAGAGGAGACAACCCCAGAGGAGCCAACAACACCCACACCAGAGGAGACAACCCCAGAGGAGCCAACAACACCCACACCAGAGGAGACAACCCCAGAGGAGCCAACAACACCCACACCAGAGGAGACAACCCCAGAGGAGCCAACAACACCCACACCAGAGGAGACAACCCCAGAGGAGCCGACAACACCAACACCAGAGGAAACAACCCCAGAGGAACCAACAACACCAACACCAGAGGAGACAACCCCAGAGGAGCCAACAACACCCACACCAGAGGAAACAACCCCAGAGGAGCCAACAACUCCUAAACCAGAGGAGACAACAACCCCCCCACCAGAGGAGACAACCCCGGAGGAGCCAACAACACCAACCCCAGAGGAGCCAACAACUCCUAAGCCAGAGGAGACAACCCCUAAACCAGAAGAGACAACUCCAGAGGAGCCAACAACACCAACACCAGAGGAGCCAACAACUCCAGAGGAACCAACAACACCCACACCAGAGGAGACAACUCCCCCAUCAGAAGAGACAACCCCAGAGGAGGUGACAACCCCAGAGGUGCCAACCACCCCCACACCAGAAGAGACAACUCCCCCCGAGGAACCAACAACACCCCCACCAGAGGAGCCAACGCCAGAGGAGCCGACAACUCCUAAACCAGAGGAGGUGACAACCCCAGAGGAGCCAACAACUCCUAAACCAGAGGAGGUGACAACCCCAGAGGAGCCAACAACUCCUAAACCAGAGGAGACAACCCCAGAGGAGCCGACAACUCCUAAACCAGAGGAGACGACCCCAGAGGAGCCGACAACUCCUAAACCAGAGGAGACGACCCCAGAGGAGCCGACAACUCCUAAACCAGAGGAGACGACCCCAGAGGAGCCGACAACUCCUAAACCAGAGGAGACGACCCCAGAGGAGCCGACAACUCCUAAACCAGAGGAGACGACCCCAGAGGAGCCGACAACUCCUAAACCAGAGGAGACGACCCCAGAGGAGCCGACAACUCCUAAACCAGAGGAGACGACCCCAGAGGAGCCGACAACUCCUAAACCAGAGGAGACGACCCCAGAGGAGCCGACAACUCCUAAACCAGAGGAGACGACCCCAGAGGAGCCGACAACUCCUAAACCAGAGGAGACGACCCCAGAGGAGCCGACAACUCCUAAACCAGAGGAGACGACCCCAGAGGAGCCGACAACUCCUAAACCAGAGGAGACGACCCCAGAAGAUCCUACAACCGAGGCAGACUCUCCCACCACUCUCAAACCCGAAGAGACAACCCCAGAGGAACCGACUACCUUGGCAGACUCUCCCACCAGCCCCAAACCUGAAGAAACAACCCCAGAGGAGCCAACAACCCCCAAAACAGAGGAGACAACCCCAGAGGAGCCAACAACAAUGGCAGACUCUCCCACUACCCCUAAACUUGAAGAAACAACCCCAGAAGAACCUACAACCAAGGCAGAGUCUCCCACCAGCCCCAAACCUGAAGAAACAACCCCAGAGGGGCCAACAACCCCCAAAACAGAGGAGCCAACAACAAUGGCAGACUCUCCCACUACUCCUAAACCUGAAGAAACAACCCCAGAAGAAACUACAACCGAGGCAGACGCUUCCACUACUCCUAAAGCAGAGGAUGCUGACUCUGCCACCAUUCCUGCAGCCUCUGAGGCCAGUAAAGCCACGGCUUCUCCAGGCAGUGCUGCACCCACAACUGAGGCAGGCACAAUGCUUUCAGAUACCACAAUGGAGAACAAGGAGACAACAACACCAAAGAAAGACAGAACUACUCUGCUCAAAGACAUUUUCACAGCUGCAACUGGGAAAGACACAGUUACUGUAGCUAUGGUGACAACAGCUAAACCAGGUGAUUCUCUUAAAGGUGUGGAUGAUGAUCCAAACACAGCUCCUACGGCCAAGGAACCUGUCACUGCGGCAGCUGACUCAGAAACAACUUCUCCAGACACCAAGACUGCAACAACAGCAGCCACAGCUCCUUUGCCCAGUCCCACUGUGCUGGUAACAACCAUCAAAGAAGAUUCAACUCCUCAGCCUAGUGAGGCUGUAACACCAAAUGAAAAAGAGACAACUACAGACGCUGAGCAGGCUGGGCCAGCACCAGACAAAGAGAGCCCAGGUGCUACUUGUGUUAUUGUGGAGAUGACAACAGCUGGUAAAAAAGAGGAAACAACCAUUAAAGAAAUGGGCACCACACCUGAGAUAGUAAUGGAAGAUGUCACUGAAAAGGCCCCUGGUUUUGCCAAAGAAGAGGUAACAACAGUUACCAAAGAAACCACAACAAGGGAUAAAAAGGACACAAUAGAAGAAAUGUAUCUUGUGUCUAAUGGGACAUCCAAGCCAACAAUACAUUUCCAGGAGGUCACUGAGGAGCCUCAUCCAACUGAACCUGAAACUCUGCCAGCAAAAGAGAAGCCUGAGAUAAACAAGCCUUUAAUACAAGUUGGGGAUCUGCCAAUGUUCCCUGGAGAAACACCAGAGAAGAACGACGAGAAGGACCUGUGCAGCGGCAAGCCAGCGGACGGCAUGGUGGCCCUGCCCAAUGGCACCCUGGCCGUCUUCCGAGGUCACUAUUACUGGCUGCUGAACGGCCGGACCCCGCCGACCACCAACCCGCGCCGGAUCACGGACGGCUGGGGCAUCCCCUCGCCCAUUGACUCCGUCUUCUCCAGGUGCAACUGCGAUGGGAAAACCUUCUUCAUCAAGGGUCCCCUGUACUGGCGCUUCACUAAUGGUGUUAUGGAUAAUGGCUAUCCCAAACCUCUCGCAACUGGAUUUGCAGGGUUAAGUGGGAGAAUAGUAGCAACCCUCCCUGUGGCAAGAUACAACAACAGACCAGAAUCUGUUUAUUUUAUCAAAAGAGAUGGGAACAUGCAGCAGUAUGUGUACAGACAAGAACCAGCCAAGAAGUGCCAAAGAAGAGCCCAGGUCACCAUCAGAUACCCAGCCUUUGUCCCCAGAGUUGUCAUCCGGCGGCGCUUCCAGCGUGCUGUGCGAAUGCCAACCGUCAUCCGCACUGUCAGGAUCAACCCCCACCCCUCUGGAGUUCUGCGCAAGGAAAUCCAAAUGACAACGUACUGGAGAGGGCUCCCCAAAGUUAUCCACUCAACUCUCUCUGUGCCCAACCAGAACAAGCCCGAUGGCUACGACUACUACGCCUUCUCUUACAAUCGGUACUACAGUUUGGAUGUUGGCAAAAGAAUAGCACGACCUGUUACUGCUCUCACAGGAAAGACUGUAACCAAAGACUGGUACAACUGUCCCAGCAAGUGAUGCACAGCAGAGGAGUUUAAACCAAGAUGCCAUUUGGAUGACAAUGUUUUUUUCUAAUUUUAUUAAUAAAAGACAUUGAAAUAUGUGCACACAA